UGCACCCCCGGAGCGACUCGCAGCGGCUGGGCAAGGCUGGCUGCGCGCCCGAGCCGGCGCUGCAAAUGGCCAAUACUAAUUUCCUGUCCACCCUGUCCCCCGAGCACUGCAGACCUCUGGCGGGGGAAUGCAUGAACAAGCUCAAAUGCGGCGCCGCCGAAGCGGAGAUCAUGAAUCUGCCCGAGCGCGUGGGGACCUUCUCCGCCAUCCCGGCGCUGGGGGGCAUCUCGUUACCUCCGGGGGUCAUCGUCAUGACGGCGCUGCACUCCCCCGCCGCCGCCUCGGCCGCCGUCACGGACAGCGCCUUCCAGAUCGCCAACCUGGCGGACUGCCCGCAGACCCACUCGUCGUCGUCGUCCUCGGCCUCGUCCGGGGGCGCGGGCGGGGCCAACCCGGCCAAGAAGAAGAGGAAGCGCUGCGGGGUCUGCGUGCCCUGCAAGCGGCUCAUCAACUGCGGCGUGUGCAGCAGUUGCAGGAACCGCAAAACCGGACACCAGAUCUGCAAAUUUAGGAAAUGCGAAGAGCUCAAGAAAAAACCGGGCACUUCGCUAGAGAGAACGCCUGUUCCCAGCGCCGAAGCAUUCCGAUGGUUCUUUUAAAGCAGUAGUUUAUCUUAUUUUCAAGGCAUUUGGAAGUGAAGGGCACACUAGUGUCUUGUUUUAAGAAACUGCUUAGUCCACCACUGAAGAAAAUAUCCAGAUAUUAUUUUCAUUUUGUGUAUCGGGGUUUCUUCAAAAACAAAAACAAAAACAAAAAAAAAAA